AAACUGAUUCAUAAUAUUAUAAUAAGGUAGCUUGGAAUGUGGUAUAUGUAUACGUAUGCAUGGUACGUGUAAUAUAUUGAGGAGUAUGUGCGCGCGCGGGUGUCACGGUGUACGUGCGCGGCGAUUAUAUAUGUGAGAAUUUAACACUUUCAGUACAAUAUGUACAUACAUACAAUCACUGUAACAGUUGAAGGCAACUUGUACAUAGCAACAUAUGUUUACAUGUAUGUGUGCACAGGUAUUGCAUAGGCAUAGGCUAUAGGGCAUUAAAUACUUAUUAAAAAUUUUGCGCACACGCUUAAUAUGCAACACAUCAAAUGUCAAAUACAUAGCUGAUUAUAUUUAUCUGUCAAAUUAUCUGUAUUUUAAAUCUGCAAUAGUAGCAUGUAGGCUUGAUGCAAAACGUAGUCAUUUAUUAAUUUGAUAGAUAUUUGAUAUUUGAUAUUUAUACAUAUAAUUAUAUAAUGCAGUGUCAGUGCGAAAACUUGGAUACUCCAUGUAUACUUGUACAUGGUGAUGUUGGAAAUUUUCAUGAUGCGCUAAUUAUUGAAAAAACGACGAGUUGUAAAAAUGCAGCAUCCACUGGAUAUCAAAGUUUGUUAAGUGGUGCAAGUUCUGUACAGGCUGUAGAACGUGCGUUAUGGUGGUUAGAAUGCGAUGAAUUUUUUAAUUGCGGUUAUGGAUCGGUUUUAAAUAAUAUAGGAGAUGUACAAAUGGAUGCGAGCAUAGUAAACGGCUUCAAAUCGGAAUGUGGAUCUGUAGCCGCGAUAUCAGACGUGGAACAUCCGAUAUCUCUUGCCAGAUACGUUUUGGAUAAUUUUCCCAACUCCAUCCUAGUAGGGGAAGGUGCAAGAAAAUUAACAAGACAUGCAAAAUUAAACUGGCUGUCAAGAGGAAAUAUGACAGCACCUACGGCAGUUUAUUUAGCUUGCGAUAAAUCGAAAGAAAUAGGCACGUCUGACGUUAAUUUGGAUGGACGUGUUCAGAAUGUUGAAAAUCAUCGGUUGUUAGAAGUACUAGGAAGUAAAUUGUAGAUAUGACAUUUCAUAAAGUUACUUUCAUAUUUCUUCUAAUAUUGCAAGGAAAAU